AUGGAUCACUCCAACGCCAAAGAUAUUGCAAAUCAUUCCACCGUAGAUGGUGAUCGUUUCAAAGAGCUCAAGGCUUUUGAUGAUGGCAAAGCUGGUGUGAAAGGCCUUGUUGAUUCAGGGAUUACUAAUCUUCCCAGAAUCUUCAUUCGGCCUCCUGAAGACCUCAUCGAGGAGAAGAAUAUUGGCCAUCUCCAGGUACAAGUUCCAGUCAUAGAUCUCAGUGCCAUACAAGGUAGAGAUAAAAGCAAUAGUGUAAUUGAUGAAAUAAGACAAGCAUCGGAGGAAUGGGGAUUUUUCCAAGUAAUCAAUCAUGGGAUUCCACAAAGCCUGUUGGAUGAAAUGAUUGAUGGAGCGCACAGGUUUCACGAGCAAGAUGCUGAGGUGAAGAAGCAAUACUAUUCUCGUGAUCUGUUGAGAAUGGUGAGAUAUUUUAGCAAUGGGGAUCUGUUUGAAUCAAGCACUGCUAAUUGGAAUGACUGUUUGGCGAUCAAAUUGACGGCUUCUAACCAAGUUGAACCUGAUGAAUUGCCUGAAGUGUGCAGAAGUCCAGUAAUUGAUUACGCAAGUCAUGUAAACAAGCUGGGAGAAACUCUAUUUGAGUUACUAUCAGAAGCUCUUGGCUUGGAACUGGACAAUCUAAAUGCUUUGGGGUGUGCAGAAUCGUGCUAUUUUCUAUUGCACUACUACCCACCAUGUCCAGAGCCAGACAAAACUCAGGGAGUUAAAAGGCACACAGAUUUUUCUUUCCUUACCAUUCUUCUACAAGACCAAAUUGGUGGCCUCCAAGUCUUGUAUGAUAACCAGUGGGCAGAUGUGCCGCUCCUCCCAGGAAGUUUGACAGUUAAUAUUGGAGAUCUUCUUCAGAUUAUCUCGAAUGACAGGUUUAAGAGUGCAGAGCACAGGGUGAUUGCAAACCGUAUCGGACCUAGAGUUUCAGUGCCGUGCUUUUUCGGUGGUGUUUCCACACCUGCAAGGAAGUAUGGUCCGCUCAAAGAAUUGAUAUCAGAAGAAAGUCCUGCGCUCUACAAAGAAUUUACAGUUCCGGAAUAUGCCCAAAACUUCUUCUCCAUGCCAUAUGAUGGGUCACAUCGUGACAUUUGGAAGAUCUGA